AAUCAAACUAAACAAUGGCCUAUGCUAAGCUCGUUUAUCUUGGUGUCUUCUUACUUGCCACUUCAUUGGUGUUUGCAGUGAAGAAUACUGAAGCGGGAGCUUGUGCACGUACUUCGUGUUCGCAGUCUGCAGAUUGCGGCUAUGGAUGCAUGUGUCGCCAGCGUCCCCCGAUUCCGUAUCCAUUUCCACAUGACAGAGGUGUGUGCAUAGGUGGACUUGCAUCUGUUGCGAACAUGAUUGAAGAACAUCCCAACUUUUGUCGCUCUGAUGAUGAAUGCAUGAAGAAAAGAAGUGGAAACUUCUGUGUUCGUUACUCUGAUCGUUAUACCGAUUAUGGCUGGUGUUUUCACUCUGCUUCUGAAUCCCUAAAGGGCUUCUUGAAGAUGCCUACGAAAAUAUCCGAAUGAUAUAUGCUUUUCUCAAUGAUAAUACGGAAACGAAGCUCAAAUGAAUUAUUUCACUACUUUUUUUAGUAGAAUUUGUAAUGAAGCUCGUGAUCUAUGUACUACUUUGAAAUAAUAGUACCCCCACUGAGUGUGAUAUGAAGAUGAAAUACCGAGAAGAAAAAAAAUGAAAACCAUGGUACUUGAAUUUAGUGUAGCCAAAUAGCAAUUUGAAAUGUGGAAUCCCACGAUUUCAUGAUUUCACAUUUCAUGUUCGAUUAUCUUAGUGGGAUUUUCAAUGAAGACCGUGAAA